AUGGCGUACAAUGAGCUGUACCAGUAUUCCGUCGUGUCAUCGCUCAUGGAAGGCGUCGGGGAAACGGGGAUCCCGUAUAGCCAGCUCGUCACGCACGGCGACCAUGGGCUGGGCACAUUUCGCCGGAUGACCGGGGAGAUGAUCUGCCUGGACAACCAAGUCUACCAGAUGAAGUCGGACGGCUCCAUUGUGACGAUUGACACUUCGACCGGUGACGAUGUAGCUCCUUUCGCCAUGGUUACGCGCUUUCAACCCUCCGUCACCACAAGCAUUGCGUUCGAUAGCAAACACGGCCUCUCCGACAUCAUGACCAAGCUGUUCCCAAAGACCAAGAAUCGCUAUUUGUCGUUUCGACUGGACGGCCUUUUCGAGUCAGUCGCCGUACGAACCGCAGAUGGGCAGAAAUACAAGCACGAGAAGCUCACAGAGCUGCACCAGCGCCAAACGACCUACGAGUUCACCAAUGUCCGAGGAAGUCUCAUUGGAUUUCGAUCGCCAGAGUUUUUACAAGGAGUCAGCGUGGCGGGCGAUCAUCUACAUUUCAUUUCCGACGAGAGAGACCGUGGUGGUCAUGUGUUGGAUUGUAAGUCUGCGGGCGAAGCCCAGUUUUCUGGGUCGAUAAUGAGCACGGUGCAUAUGCAGCUCCCAGACGAUGAUGAAUAUAAUGAAGCAAAUCUCGAGCUUGAUGAUGAUGGGAUACGCAAAGUGGAGGGCUGA